CAGAACGUGCAGUGGACUCUGUAGAAGGAAACUCUGUGCGGCACUGCCCCCAUUUUCCACAAUCCUUUCACACAGACAAACAGCCCCUACAAACACUCUCUGCUAUAGAUCUUCCAUCUUCCUCAAGCUCUUUCAAACCCCUCAAAUCCUUGCACGGUACAAACAAAACUCAAGCAGAUCUAGUUCUAAAGCACAACAUCUCUUGGCUCUUGCUACAAAUCAUCGCAAAUCCACAAUCAUAUACACAGUCCUUUAUCACCAUGUAUACACCAAAACCCACUUCAAGAUUCAUCUUUCUCACGCUAACCCUCCUCCUAUUCCUGAGUCUUUCUCUCUCAGUCACUUCUUUUGUGGGUGACGAAGACUUGGAGGGUAUUGAAGAAUUAAUGGCAUUAGAUGAACAAGUGGAAUUGAAACAAGAAUCAGAGGAUGGUAAACCAUCAGAGGCUGAGGUUUUGAGCAAAGCCCAGAGGAUAGUCAUUGAACUCGAUAAUGAUAACACAGAGAGAGUCAUUGAUGCCAAUGAAUUCGUUCUUGUUCUGGGUUAUGCACCCUGGUGUGCCAGGAGUGCUGAGCUUAUGCCUCAGUUCGCUGAGGCUGCCACGGCUUUGAAGGAAUUGGGAAGUCCAUUGUUGUUUUCGAAGCUUGAUGCCGAGCGGCACUCGAAGGCGGCUUCGACAAUUGGGAUCAAAGGGUUUCCCACUCUGCUUCUCUUUGUAAAUGGCACUUCUCAAUCUUACACUGGUGGAUUUACCUCGGAAGAAAUCGUGAUCUGGGCGAGGAAGAAAACGGGGGAGCCUGUUAUUAGAAUUGGCUCAGUAGAAGGCGCAAAAGAGUUUCUUAAGAAGUAUUCUAUGUUCGUGGUCGGGCUGUUUGAGAAAUUUGAGGGGUUUGAGUACGAAGAAUUUGUAAAAACAGCGACUUCUGAUAAUGAAAUACAAUUCGUUGCGACUUGCAGCAUCGAUGUUGCCAAUGUUCUCUUCCCAGAUAUGAAACCUCAUAAUUUUUUCCUUGGUCUUGUUAAAAGUGAGCCAGAAAGAUACACGGCAUUUGAAGGCACCUUCAAAAUGGAGAAAAUAUUGCAGUUUCUGGACUAUAACAAGUUUCCAUUAGUCACCACAGUGACUGAACUGAAUUCAGUCAGAGUUUAUUCCAGUCCAAUCAAACUCCAGGUUUAUGUAUUUGCAGAGGCUGACGACUUCAAAAGCCUUCUUGAACCACUUCAAAAUAUUGCAAGAAAGUUCAAGUCAGAGAUAAUGUUUCUACAUGUGGACAUCAGAGAGGACAACCUCGCAAAACCCUUCCUGACUUUAUUUGGGCUAGAAGAAUCGGAAGAUGCAGUUGUAGCUGCUUUUGAUAACAAAAUCAGCUCAAAGUAUCUGUUAGAGUCAGACCCAACACCAAGCAAAAUGGAAGAGUUCUGCUCAGGGCUUCUGCAUGGUACUCUGGCGCCAUACUACAAAUCACAGCCAAUACCUGAUAAUAAAGAGGAUAGCAUUCAGACCAUUGUGGGAAAGACAUUUGAUGACUUGGUUCUAAGCAGUCCGAAGAACAUUCUUUUGGAGGUACACACACCAUGGUGCAUCACUUGUGAAACCACAAGCAAGCAGGUAGAGAAGUUAGCAAAACAUUUCAAAGGAUUGGAUAAUUUAAUAUUUGCAAGGAUAGAUGCUUCUGCAAAUGAACAUCCAAAACUGCAGAUAGAUGACUAUCCGACGCUUUUGUUCUACCCAGCUGGUGACAAAUCCAAUCCAAUCAAACUUCCGACAAAAUCUAGUUUGAAGGAAUUGGCAACACUUGUUAAUAAAAAUCUUAAAAAUCAGGAUCAUAUAACCAAAGAGGAGCUGUAGGAAAUAGAGCAACGGAAAGAAAUCUAGCCGAAGGAAAAAAAAAGAGAAAUCUGAUGUUGAGAGGAUUUAGUGAUUAGAAAUUAGAGAAAUAUUUAUGAGCAUUUACAAUAUCCUAAACAUGAUUACAUUAGAAAACACUGAUACAGAGUGUAUCUAUAGAUUAUAGUUCCUUCUACUGUAACUGAAAAUGUCAGUUGCAUUGUAAACCCAAUCCUAUGUAUUGAAGACUAUUGUUUCAACAGAAUA